AGCUGAUGAAAGAUUUUUAUAACACAUUUUAAGUUUUUUGAAUUAAAUAGGAAUCAACUUUACAUUUAUUGACUAUUUUGUGAAUUACAACUUGAGAAGCCAAUAAUAUCCAAACCAAUAAUGUUAAGGACAAUUACUUUUCCAAAACGUUUCUUUCUGCUAAAUAUAACAAAUGUUGGUAAGAAUCAAACAUAUUUUAAACAUGGAAACACGAUAAGGUAUUACGCAAAGGAAAUUAAAUUUGGGCCAGAAGUACGCUCUAUGAUGUUGGAAGGAGUCGAGAUUCUUGCCGAUGUCGUUGGCAUGACAAUGGGACCAAAGGGAAGAAAUGUGGUGCUGGAACAAUAUAAAUCAGAGCCGAAAAUAACCAAAGAUGGCGUGACAGUAGCCAAAAGUCUAGAUCUAAAGGAUCGGUUCAAAAAUAUCGGUGUCAGCCUUGUUAAAGAGGUGGCAGACAAUACAAACAAAAAAGCCGGUGAUGGCACUACAACGGCAACUGUGCUUGCGUGUUCCAUUGCAAAAGAAAGCAUGAAUUCAAUAAAGAAAGGAGGAAAUCCAAGUGAAAUUAGAAAAGGAGUUAUGAUGGCUGUUGACACUGUUGUAAAACAUUUGAGAAAUAUUUCCAAAGAAAUAAAUACACCCGAGGAAAUCCGACAAGUUGCAAUAAUAUCAUCAAAUGGAGAUCAAGAAAUAGGUGAACUCAUUUCAACAGCGAUGGAAAAGGUAGGAAAGAAUGGUGUCAUUACUGUUAAAGAAGGAACGACCCUUUAUGAUGAAGUUGAAGUCAUAAAAGGUUUAGAUAUUGAACAUGGUUACUUAUCCCCAUAUUUUGUUAAUACAAAAAAAAGUUCCAAAGUUGAAUUCCAACAUUCUUACAUUCUCUUCUGUGAUUAUAAAUUGUCACAGAUGAGGCAAAUAGUGCCAGCGCUAGAGCUUGCUGUCAAACACAAGAAACCGCUUCUUGUAGUAGCCGAAGAUAUUGAAGGAGAUGCCCUCACGACAUUAGUAAUUAAUAAAUUACGAGCGAACCUUGAGGUUUGUGGUGUUAAAGCACCAAGUUUUGGGGAAGGUCGCACUGAAUCUUUAAAAGAUAUGGCAGCUGCUACAGGUGGGUAUGUUUUUUCUGAGGAUUCUCAUUUGGAUUUGGCAGACGUAAAAUUAGAACACUUUGGCCAAGCAGAUGAAAUUAUUUGUACAAACGAAGAAACAUUAAUUUUAAAAGGACAUGGAAAACAGAAGGAUAUUGACAUGCGAGUGGAAAUUAUCAACUAUCUCAUUGAAAAGGCAAAAAAUAACUUUAUAAGGGACGGCCUCCAAGAAAGAAAAGCACGACUAAUUUCAGGAGUGGCUGUUAUAAAAAUUGGAGGGCAUAGUGAGUUGGACAUAAACGAAAGAAAGGAUAGAGUUACCGAUGCUCUCAACGCCACAAAAGCCGCCGUCGAAGAAGGAAUCGUAGCUGGAGGUGGAACGGCUUUGAUCAGAUGCAUCGAACAGCUACAACAGCUGACGCCAGCCAAUGAUGAAUUGAAGGAGGGGAUAGAAAUUAUCAUGAAAGCUUUGCAAAUGCCUUGUUACACAAUAGCAAAAAACGCCGGAGUGGAGCCUUCAGUUGUAGUUAACAAAGUAUCUGAACUUCAAGGAAAUAUGGGUUACAACGCUGUCACUGGACAAUACGUAGAUAUGAUCAGAGAAGGAAUAAUUGAUCCUACAAAGGUCGUAAGGACAGCAACUACAGACGCAGCAGGGGUUGCUUCUCUUCUAACCGCCGCAGAAGCAGUCAUUGCUUUCUUACCAGAAAAAAAGGUUAAGAAACAAGACGACAGCGAUACAGAGGAGGAAUAGUUCAAAUCAUAAAAAUUACGAAAAAUAUAAUGUAUUUUUGGUCAAAAUUUGAA